AUGUCGCAGUUUUCAGGCUUCGGAGUGGAAGUAGAACUCAAGGACGGAAAAAUUAUCUCUGGUACUGUAGCUAAGGCCAAUGGGAAGUCCUUGACGUUGUCGGACGUGAGCUUCAGCGAUGGCGGAACGUCGCAGGUUUUCAAAGUGAAGGCAUCGCGAUUAAAGGACCUCAAAGUGGUCUCCAGUCCACGUCCGGGCUCCAAAUCCGCCUCAAGCUUGACGAAUGGCGCGGCUGCUGGGGCCCCGGCCGCUGCCGCCGAUGUUAGUGGUAGUCCCUCGGAUUGGCAGCACGACGACGCUGCAGCGAUCAAGCAGCAGGACGAUUUCGAUUUCCAGGAGAAUCUCCGUAUGUUCAACAAGCAGGACGUGUUUGCGAAGCUCAAAGAGCAGGAUGGAGUGCAGCAGCAGUCCCGCCUGGUCGCUCACAACGUGCGCGAGAAGAAGCUUGACACGGACGAACUCGUAAUCCCAGACGCCAAACGCGACCAUUGGGAUAGCCUGGAAGAAGAUUCUGUGCAUACAGAGUACCUGCCCAUCACCAAGUCCAUCAACAUUACUCACCUGCUGCAGACGGCCGGUGACACCGAUUCCAAAGACGAUAAAGUUCUCGCUCAACUCCAAAGUGCGUUGAAAAGACCUGGAUCUCUUUCGAUCCCGGGCUCCAGACAAGCUGGGUUUGUCACCUGCUCUACCAAGAUCGCAGUUCCUUGUGCCACUCCUGUACAACUUUUGGAGAUUGAGCGUGUUUGUAGCGACUCAUUCGGCUUUUCCUCCAAUCUGGCUCUUGAGCAUUGGGCUAUCCACAUGUCCCAGUUUUUCAAGCAGAAGAUGGGUGGCAGGGUCCGCCUAAACGCGCAAAACCCCAAUCCUCAGCCAUUGAUUGUCAUUCUCGCCGGCGACAACCGAAGCGGCGCUCGUGGUCUUGCCCUGGGCCGACUACUGUGCCAAUCUUCGCUGGUACGGACUCUAGUGCUGUUUGUCAACACACCUGAGGAUUCUGAAGUAAACGAACAGUGGCAAUUAUACCAAAAAAGCGGCGGGAAGACUGUGGAAUCACUCCAGUCGUUAAAAUCCAGCUUGGAAAAACUGAACUCCCCAGUGGAGGUUGUCUUGGACGCAAUGCAAGGAUUUGACUCCGGUUUGCAAGACGCCUGUGCCGAUGCCAGCGAUGAGGCGCGGUUGGAAGAACUCGUACAUUGGUGCAACUCCCAACAGACCAUCUGGUCGCUGGACAUCCCCAGUGGACUGGACGCUGCCAGUGCGCUGCCUAAUUUUGGACUUCACGUGAAUGCAAAUAUGGUGAUCUGUUUGUGCUGGCCAUUGACGGGAGCAUACAAUCUAAAGACUCAGCUGCCAGAGAAAGAUCUAGAGGUACAUUUGGUGGACAUGGGAGUGCCACAAGCGGUCUAUUCUGUGCGUAGCUCAUUGCGCAAGUUCCAAAUAGCCGAUCUGUUUGUAACGGAGGGCAUGGCACAACUGCAGUGGUGA